UACCUCCGUCUAUCCCCUUCCCCCGCCCGCAUCGCUCUCCUCCGCACGGCUGCCGCCCUCGCGUCCCCGCCUUCGCCCGCCCGUGACUCCCCACGAUGGCCAUGCGCCGCGUCUCUCGCCUGCUCCCGCGGGCACCGACGCGACCGCUCCACGCGCCGCUGCUUAAUUACGGCCAGAUGUGCUCCCGACUGCGGAGAUUGGGGGCCACCAACGCCGAUGAGGCCGCGCAGGCGGCGACGCAGGUGAGGUUUCGCGCAAAUGGUCGGCCACAUCGGCCGCCCCGCCACCGCUGGCGCCGACCUCGACACCGUCACCACCAUGGAGGUAACCCCGCCCGCCCUCCUCCCACUCCCCUCGGCCCAGAUCUGGCCCUCCGCGUCCGAUAUUUCCCAAAGAACCAUGGCGAAAUCUAGUGCUCGCAAGGAGACGGCCCCAGCCCGGCCGCCGGCGACCUUGCCACAGCAGCACAUGUUCCCCGGCGCCCCAUCGAGCUCCUCCGCCAAUCCCUCCACACCACAGCACCUGUACCCUCACGGCAGCUCCUACACAAACCCCUUGAAUCAAUGGAGGCCAAUGUAUACCCCUGCAACCGAUGGCUUGCUAAGUUUUGGGCAGUUGCCGCCAAUGCAUCCUUAUAAUUUCCGAUCUCUGCCUAUCCACCAUCUUGAAGGACACCCAAAUAUGAAGAAUUUGCACUUUGGCUAGAGGAGAAGAGCAGAAGCAGUGAUCUAGGCCGUGCCAUACGGGAGAAGAGGAGAAUCACGGCGAGAUGCAGGACCUGCCGGCUAGGUGCCGUGCCGGAGGUGUUGGCUAGGUGCUGGGCCGGAGGUGCCAUGCUGGAGGUGCCCACUAGUAGGCGAUGUCGUUGGCGAGCUGAGACGGGCAACGUCUUCGGCCCGCUGAGACGGAGCUGGCGAAGAGAAGGCGACGUCGCUGGCGAGCUGAGAAGGACGACGUAAAAGUCUUUGUGUUUUCUAAACAUACUGUUGGUCUAUGCGUUGUAAUGCGUUUUAGACUUGUAGUAUAGUACCUGUUCUGUUUAAAUAAAAUAAAAAAGACAACUUGGCCUUUC